AUGGCACGCGCAGCCGUACUCCCACCAUCUCCCGCCAAGCGGGGGACACGGACUGCACCCCGGUCGACUUUGACCAAGACCACAGCUAGUUCCCAAGCAAAAGCCGUCGCGGCGCCCAAGCGCGUGACUAAAACCACGACAGCCAGGAAAAACACACUCGCAGCAGCCGAGUCGGACUCAGAUGAUACAGAAGAUGAGCUCGGUAUGAUGAUGCAAGAGUCUGAAACGAAACCAGCCCGACCACGAGGACGCCCACCCGGUCGCACAUCGAGCAAAACGUCAGCUACCGCGGCUUCAGCGGCGAAAGCCGUCACUCGCCCGAAGAAGACAGCUUCUGCGCCCGCUCCGUCAAGAAAAACCGCUACUCGCGAAUCAUCUCAGCCACUAGAGCCCACCAAAAAGCGAGUUGGGCGACCGAAGAAGAGCGCAACGUCGGAAAUAUCCACUGCUGCGAAACCCGAGACAGCGCCCAGGGCUCGCGGGCGACCCAAGGGAUCAACAACUUCGAAAACGCUGACCACCACUCGCAAAAAUGAUCGAGUUGUAGAUGAGACCGAUUCAAAUUUCGGAAAUUCUUCAACACAACAUGUUCGUGUCGCCACAAAUUCCGCGACAAUGCGAUCGAAUCUCCUACGCGGCCCGGCAAAGAAGAAGACAGUUACUUUCCGGGAGCCUAACGGCGCAGAGGAUGAAGGAACUGAAAAAGAGGAUUCCUUGUCACCUUCCGGCGUAAAGCAAUCAAAGGGAACCUCCGAAAAGACUGGCCUAGGGGCAAUGCCCAUGCGCAAAGCAGCUGGCACUUCGACGCGUGGGCGAAAGCCUGCCGUGGCGAAGAAAACUGCUGGGAAACCUUUGUCACCGAAAAAGGACAAGCAGGUCACCAAAUCACUCGCGUCAUAUGUUGGUUCCGACGGGGAAGAAGAUGAGCUGGUUUCAAACAAAUACAACGUGACCAGUCCUCUCAAGUUGGUUGUCGAUUCGCCUGUCAGGCCGGGCUCCGGGACCAUGGGACUCAAUUCACCCAUGCGAAGAGUCAACUUCACACCUCAGAAGCCCUCCGGUACAGUUGAUGAGAACGGAGAGCCCAAGUGCUCGACUCCCAAGAAUGCCCCAUCAGGCACUGGAUUAAGUUCUCCAGUACGAAGAAUUAAUUUCACGCCUACCGCGGCUCGUGCUACUGUGCCUGACAUUGAUCACCAGUCGUUAAACCCUGGUAAACCUGUUGAUUUCAGCGACGCGGUGUUUAUGUCGAGCCCUGCUAGGCGACCGGAAGUAUCACCUUUCCAAUUCUCGCUCCGGGACACUCCCAACCGUGGCUUGCUCUUCCGUCAAGAUUCGCAGUCCACUGUCGAGGCGCUGACUGAACGCGAAGCAUCUCCUCUGAAAAGAUCUCCCAGAAAGGCCAACCUGGGUGCCUCGUUCUCGGAGACCAUCAACUGCAACCCACUUUUGUCACCAGCCAAGAGAUCCCUCAUCCAAAGCCCACCCAAAAGAGUUCCGUCUCCCUUCAAGAGCUCUAUUCAACUGUCUCGGGCCAUGGAUAGGACUAGCUCUGUUGAUGAGGAUGAUGAUAAUGAAACUAUUAGCCUUCCCAGCCCUCGGGUGGAGACGGAGAAGACGAAUUUGAAGAUUCAUGAGACUGGUUGCUCCCUUGCAACGGAUGAUGUUCAAAUUGUUGAAGAUGUUGCCCGUGACAUCUUCGGCAUCGAGCUGCGGUGUUAUGGCAGAAGCUCUUCGUUUUCACCGUUACCACGAAGGCUUUUCGCACUUGAAGAGCCUCUGGAAAUCGCCCCUGCGGAGAACCCCCAAGGAAAAUCUGAAGAUGUGGAGAGCGACGCCGAGCCCGCUGAAAUCGAUCAGCAAAUUGAAGAGCUGGAAGAUGAGAUCCGGGGCGAACCUGAUGAUUUUGGGACGGUGUGCUUGAAUACAAUGGAAGACCUGCAGGAGGCGUUUGAAAACCUGGCUGAUGAUCAAGGUCCCCAACGCCAUUCAGAGGCCGACGGUGAUUUUGAUACCGUGGAAUCAGAAGCAGAAGAGGCUUGCAACCAAGAGUCUGAUUUAGAGUCAACAGCCCAAGAGACGAACAACAACAGCCUGGCUAUGCCGGCCAGCGAGGAAGAGCCGGAGGAGUCCAUCCUCGAACUCCAAGACCCUGAGACUUUGGGAAACUCGCAUAUUGCUAGCCCCUGCAUCGAUGUACCGGGAGAGGAUCCUGCUACAUCUCUGCCGUCGCCGGGGCAGGAAAGGGCUCACAACGAGACAAUCGUUGCUGAUCAACCAGAAGACUUCUCCGACGUUGAGUCCGAGUCAGGUUCAUAUGGAGAGCCUCUUGUCCACCUUUCUCUCCCCGAGGCCACUCCUCUUAGGUCUCAUGCGGCUUCUGUUCAGUCUUCACCGGUAUCCACGAGAUCCACUUCAACCCCGUCAUCUCUACAGAAUAUCCAAAAACAAGGUGUGCUGUCAUCUGGCGAGGAGAAGGCCGUUCAGCCAGAAAACCACGUCUUUUAUCAUCAUUCCGAACCUGAAAUGAUCCUCGAAGAGAGCACUUUGAACGUUACAGACAUUGAAAGCCCUCUCCCCGCACUACAGGCUCGCUGUGAAAGCCCCAACUUCAACGGAAAACGCCAGUCACUCGACAACCUUGGCGUCGGUUUCACACCAUUAGCUCGGAAGCUUGACACCUGGCAGGCCAGUGCUUCAACGACUUCCAGGCUGGGAAAGCCACACUCGCCUUCUCCAAGUGAAGAUGUCACUUACCCUGAUAUCUCGCGCGAUGUCUCGGAGGCUGAAUCACCUUUGCCUCCGCAAUCACCUCAACGUAGUGGCGUCAUGAAUGGGUCUCCCCUCCCUCAAUCUCCUCACACACCCCCAUCCGCCAGGACUCCACUCGACCACUCCAUCAUGUACUCGCCUAUUCGCCUCGACAUCUUUGAAGACAGCGAGAUGUCUGACGUGGAUAGCCCUACGAUCGAAGCAGACAACACUGACCGGGUGUCGGAAAAAGCCGGUCUCCCUGAGAAUCAUCCGCGGAAAUCUUUCGGUGAGGAUGAAGACAAGGAGAACAGACACUCUCCCCUUAACCUGCCUGCAACUCCUCUUCAUCGCGGAAUUGACCAUCUGCGAACUGUGCACACUGUCUGCAAGGUUCCACUGAAGGGUGAAGGUGAGGUUUCGCCUUUGAAGCUGCCACGAAAGCGUGGCCAUUCGCUCGAGGCGAGAUCUCCAACUCGGUCCUCGUCUCGCGUGCGCAAGCCAGUCGUUUUCCUCGGCAGUGAGCCAUCGCCGGUCCUCUCUCCCCGCAAAGAGGCGCGAGUCCCUCUGAGCCCUAGUCCUAAGCGCCGGUGCAGUGCGCCUCGACGCUCCAGUGGCGCCGACUCUGUGGUCCAGGUCCCUCAAUCUCCAUCUGUCGCUUCUACCGCUGGUAGGACACCCCGCAGAAAGAGCAUGACCAGCAGCAGCGGGCAAGCACUUCGGGGCGCUGUCGUGUAUGUGGAUGUGCACACGACUGAAGGAGAGGACGCCUCGGGGAUCUUUGUUGAGCUCCUGCAACAAAUGGGCGCUAGAUGUUUCCGGUCAUGGUCAUGGAAUCCUCGCAGCAGCAUGUCUCCUGUAGACGGCGAGGAGCCCAAAGAGUCCAAGGUGGGAAUCACCCAUGUCGUGUACAAAGACGGUGGCCUGCGUACAUUGGAAAAGGUCAAAUAUGCCGGCGGUUUGGUCAAGUGCGUCGGUGUGGGGUGGGUUCUCGAUUGUGAGAGAGAGAAUAAGUGGCUAGAGGAAACACCGUAUAUGGUCGAUAGUUCUAUCGUUCCUCGCGGCGGCGCCAAGCGUCGCAAGAGCAUGGAGCCGCGAGCUCUCAGCAACGUCAACGGCACUCUUGUGCGGGUCGCUGAACCGUCAACACCAUCUGCCAGCGGCCGUCGUUGUGGUGCCGAUCAAGGCGCAGUCGAGGGUUUCCGAAAGAUUACUCCCCCGACGCCGUUGGCUGGAGUCCCCUCAACGCCAACGCGGAGCACUGAACGUUAUACAGUCCCCGCCACUCCAGGCUAUAACUUUGCCAACCUUGACGCCAUUGGCAUGUCUCCUGCCACGCCGUAUUUCCUCUCCAACCGUGCCAAGUUGGUACAGCAAUCUUGUCCCCCGAAGCAAAGCAACCGUGGCCUGUUUGACUCGGCAGACAGGCCCGUUUUCGGUCUUGACGCAGACGACGAAGUAGAAUCAAGACGUCAACAGAGGGCGCGCAUGGACGCGGCCCGGCGAAAGAGUCAUUUCUAUCAACCCGCUAUCCAGAGUCCGCUUCGAGAGUGA